AUGACAAUCACACUUACAAAACGUUUAACUUCAAAUAUUUUAUUAUCUAAUAAUCGACAAUUUUGGACUUGGUUGAAUAUUGUUUGGAAUAGAUAUGAUCGAAAACGUGUUCAAGAAAUUGGUCCUGAUCGUGCUUGUGCUGAAUGGUUAUUAAGAUGUGGUGGUUCAGUACGUUUUAAGAAUUCGACUUCAGUAACAGCAGAUUAUAAUGCUAUACCAAGUGGUACUUCGGGACAAAAUAAAAUCGAAGAAAUUCGUGCUGUUAAAGCUUGUAUUACAUCUGAUGGCUUUUCUUAUUUAGAUGGUUUGACUGCUCUAAAGAAAAUUCAUUUAGAAAAAUGUGACCAACUUCCUGAUAGUUCUAUUUCUCGAUUGAAACAAGUCAAAGAUACAUUAGAAUCUAUAGCUUUAAUUGAUCUAGUUCAAAUAAGUGAAAUUGGUGUUGGCGAUUUAACUGAUUUAAAAAAUUUAAAACAAAUUGAUUUGGCUCGUUUACCAAACAUUAAAAAUCGUGAAGGAAUAAUCAAAUUAUUAAGAAAUGAAUUACCAGGGUGUAAUGUCAAUUAUGAUGAUAAUUAUCCAUCUGCUCCUGAACUUCAAGAAA